UUGAGGGAAACAUUUUAUUAUAUUUUUAGAUUUGGAAGUGGGUUGUUCUCUGUGUCAAUACCCUAAUUAAAAAAAAACUAAUAUGUGUCAAUAGAGAUUUUUUACUAUGUAGUUCUACAUAUUUUGCAUAGAGUUACAAGUCUGAAACUGUAUUUUAUGUUGUGGCUUUUAGUGAAUAAAUUUAAUAAUGUGUAUGAUAGUUAUAAAAAUGGAAUUUGAUUACCAUUAACAAAACAAGAAAAGUUACUUUGUAUAUAAAAUAUAUAAUUUGGAUUCAUUUUCAUAAAUUUGAGAUGAUUUAGUUUAAUUUGGCUAAACCACAACAACUCAAAAGUCAAAACAUAUUUAAAAGCUGCACGAAUCUUUUUGCUAAGAAUUGUUUUUGUUUUAUCCAAAAAUCAAAUCAAAAUUGAAUGUGGUUUCACAAAAAUAAACAAAUAUGAUAAACUUGGAUUUUUAGGAAGUGAAUCAUCGUGAUUGCAGAAACACGUGAGACCAAAAUAUUAAGAACCCUAAUUUAUGAAUAGUUGAUUAUUAAUUACUAAUUAAAAUAUAAAGAGAUAAGUAUAUUGAAUUACUGUCGGUGAUUGGUUAAGAUAUACCUAUCUUCUUUAGUUUUAUUUUACUUUUUAAAUCAUUAAAUUUUACUAAUUAUGAUGUAGCUUUGUUUAAAAAGUUAAAACCUACAUCAAAAAAUUCUACUAGUCUUUAUCAAUCAUGAUUUAGCUUUAUUUAUAAAACUAAAAAAAAACUCUUUAUGUAUAUUGGACAAAAAAUCUUAUAGCUUUAUUAUUCAGACAGUAGAAUCUGUAAAAUGAAAAAAAUAAUAUUUAAUAUAAAAUAAAUUAGAUAGUUGUAGGUAAAAUUUAUUACUAUUUAUAUAGUAUAUCAAAUAAUAGUAAAUUUCUGACAUUUCAUAUUUUUUUAUUAAUAUAAAAUAUUUUAAUUGAGAUAUGUACAUCACAUAUCUCAUAUGUUUUAUUUUAAAAUAUUUAUAGCCAAAAACUUAUAGGUAUAACCAGCUUAACUAUAGAAACAAAAUCUUGAAAAUAAAAUUUAUCAUAAAUUUAGAAUUACAACAAAUCACAUAUAAUAAAAAAGUUACAGUUAAAUUUUUACAGCUGCAAUCCUCCACAUUUGUGUUUGAAAAAAAGAAAAAAAAUCCUCCACACUGUAUGUGUCUUUCUUAUAUAUAUUUUUUCCUUGUCUUAAUAAAAACACUUUGUAAUCCCAAUCAAAUAUUUUCUUAUGAUGAAAGAGAUAUGUCAAAUUUAAAAAUAAAAUAAAUGAAAUCCAUAUAAAAUCUUGAUUUAAUUGCCAUAAAUAGCAAUGCCCACGAAAAAAAUAAAUCACCUAUUAGUAUUCCUUAAUUCCUAAAUGCACGAUUGAUUAUACGUGUUUGGUUCCAAACCAAAAACGUGAACUCAACUUUAUGGUUAAACACACAUAAAACCACGUUCUGCGUUUGGUAAACUAGGAAACUAAAUCAAUCAUAGAUAUACCUUUGAAUAUAACCAAAAGAAAAUAUGGUAACAGUAAAUAAAAAUAUGUAAAAUUAACAUAGACAAAAUAAUAGUCUUUGCUUACAUAAUUACCAUGAAGGUAUUUAGUAUUUACUAGUCAAAAGAGAUUUGAGUUCUGAAUUUACACAGUCAAACAGGACCUAGUAGGUUAAAGUCAUAUCUUUUUAUGGUUUGGUAAGUGACUAAGUGCUACAAAGACUAGAUAUGAUACCCAACUAUAGCAUUUAAUUAAAAAUUAAAUUGAUGCCAAAAAUAAUAAUUAAAACUUAAAUAGCAAAAGCUAAUUCUUAUAUAUAUUAAUGAAAUAAAUAGAGACUAUUCAUCCAACGUGAGGCACAAUACAGCCUCUUCCUCACUCUUGUGCUAUAGCCUCUUCUUAUUUUUCUCUCUAUUGCCUCUUCUCAAUCUUCAACUUCUUCUAUAACUCCUUCUCCUUUGUCCUUUACUCGAUCUGUGAGAUUUUGUUGAGGUGGAGAGAUUGCCUUCUUCACUAAGUUAGGGAUAAGAAGGAACCCUAAUUAUCAGCUGGGUGAGAUCUUUCAGCUUUGGCUUUGUGGUGGUUCAAACAAGCAAAUGGACCAGUGUCGAUUCUCACUUGGGAGGCCCAGGUUUGGAUCUAUCAAGUUUAAAGUUCCAAACUCAUCACAGCCUUUCAUUUCUCAGAAAAGAAAAGAGAUGGAAGAAGAAGAUCAAGCUGAAGAAGAAGCUAAAAGCCUCGGUUUCAGGGAAGAAGAAGACGGUGAGGAUGAUGAUGGAGCAAAGAGUAUUGAAGAAGAAGAGAAGAAGAAGCAUAUAUGCUGUGAAUGUGGUAAACGUUUUAAGUCAGGCAAGGCGUUAGGCGGUCAUAAAAGGAUUCACGUGCUCGAAGCUCGGAAAUUUUCAAUGGUGAGACCGAAGAUGGUGGCUGGUGCGGUUGGUAGAUCUGAGGAGAGAGAUGACUUCGAAGUUGAUUGCUGUGUUUGUCAUAAGAAGUUCACAUCGAUGAAGGCUUUGUAUGGACAUAUGAGGUUUCAUCCAGACAGAGGAUGGAAAGGUGUUUUGCCUCCUCAUCAUCAUCAUCCACUUGAUCAUGAUGGUGGUGAGUUUAUAAGCUCUGACUAUGAUGAUGAUGAUGAUGGUGAUGGUGAUUAUGAGGAUGAUGAUGAGAACUCGGAGUUAUGGGAUAAUCAUUGGGGAUUGGAUAACGUGGUUGACCUUAAGGACUCAAUCAAAGGAUGGGCGGUGACAGGAAAGAGAGGAAGGAGAAGUGCUUUGAAGGAUCCACCACCAGAAUAUGUUGAUGCUAAGGAUCUAUUGUUCUUAGCUACUACAGCAGAAGCUGUAGAUCUCGAUGCUGCAGAGACUUGUGAUUCACGCUCGGUUGAAGAGAUGAUGAAGAAGAGGAAAAAGAAGAGGAAAAGAUUGUCUGAGAUGGAGAAAGAAUCAACAUCUAGUCAUGAUCAUCAUCAUCAGCUUGAGGUUGGUGCUGCUGAGGAAGGUGGUGGUGGUGCACGUGAGAAGCACGUGUGUGUCACUUGCAACAAGUCGUUUGCUUCUUAUCAAGCUUUAGGAGGUCAUAGAGCGAGUCACAACAAGGUCAGGAUCUCGGAGAAUCAUCAAGCUAGGGCUAACAGUGAAGCUGUGUUACUUGGAACCGAAGCAAUGAUGGCCGGUUUAGCUACUGCUCAAGGACCAAACACAUCUUUGAGCAUUGGCAAUAAGGGAGAUCAUGUUUGUAACAUUUGUCAGAAAAGUUUCACAACAGGUCAAGCUCUUGGAGGUCACAAGAGAUGCCACUGGCCUGGACCAACUUCUAAUGAGGCUCCAACCGCUCCUGUGCCAGCUUCUAAUGAAUCUGCAACCACUGCUCCAACCCCUCUAGUAGCAUGUUCUUCUAGUCAAGUAACAGAGACAGUGCAAGAGGAGAAGAAAUUGAAGAGAAAGUUUCUAGAGUUUGACUUGAAUGAGUUGCCACCUAAUGAAGAGUAAGGAGUGCAAGAAACGUAUAUAUGCAGACAAGUAAGCUUUUUUAAUUUUUAUAAACCCCAAAGAAAAAGUAGAAGGAAAAAGAAUAUGAAUUUAGGGAGUAUCUCAUGGUAAAAAGAGUUGUUGACAUUGUAAUCUAAGAAAAGAGAGAAAGAUACUUUUGGUUCUUGGCUCUUGAGAUUCUUGGUGUUUGGCUUUUUAAUCUAAUUUGGUGGGGUCUCUUGUUAAUUUGAUGUGAGGAUUUACAUACUCUUUUGUAUUCUUCUCUCAA